UUUUGUUUACGUUACUUUCUCUCCCAUUUUAUUUUCACGUUAAAAAUCGUUAAAAUGAACAAAUAUAUUUUUAUUUGUACUUUGCUAAGUAUUUCAUUUUGCUUUUCGGCUUCUUUGGCUUUUCCUGAAGGAAGCAUAAGUAAUGAGAAGGUAUCAGUCUCUGAAUUUGUUGAAAACAAAAAUAAUGAGCCUCUAACAAGAGUUAAACGGCGGUAUGAUGACCGCUAUUGGACUCCCAGACAAGUUGUGGAAGCAAUUCUUUGUGUUUUUCUGCCCCCUGUUGCAGUUUUACUGCAUGGCGGCCCGGAUAUGUUACUUCAUUUAAUCAUUAACAUUGUGCUUUGGAUCUGUGGUUGGAUUCCGGGUGCUAUCCAUGCAUUCUGGUACUGCUUCUAUCGUUAUUAA